CAGUGGCUGCACCCUGACAGAGACCAUGGGGAACUGUUCCUCUUACGACUCGGACGACGGCUUCUCCUACCACCCUGAUGAUAUCUGCGAGCACUGCAACUGUCCCAUCGCUCCGGGAAACCAGGAUGCGUUCGACAACAAAGAUCCGUUCAUCAGCAAUUACUCACCUCCACCAACAUCUCCAUUACCAGAUAACUUGGUGGUGGCGAAGUACACGUACAACCCGUCCCACAGCGACGACCUGGGUUUCGAGAAAGGAGAGAAGAUGAAGAUCCUCUCUGAGGACGAACCAGAAUGGUACAUGGCUGAGUCUCUGUCGACCGGACAGCGGGGAUACAUACCACGCAACUUCGUGGCCAAAAUCAACAGCAUAGAGACAGAAUCCUGGUUCUUUAAGAACCUCUCCAGGAACGAUGCCAUGAGGCUCCUGCUGGCACCGGGUAACACGCAGGGUUCCUUCCUGAUCAGAGAAAGCGAGACCACGCCAGGCAGCUUCUCUCUGUCCUUACGAGAUCUGGACCACAAUCAAGGAGACGUCAUCAAGCACUACAGAAUCCGCAACAUGGACGCUGGCGGCUUCUACAUCACCGGCAAGAUUUCCUUCAACUCCCUGUCUGAGCUGGUCAAACAUUAUUCCAGAGAUGCGGACGGACUCUGUACCUCCCUGGUGAAACCGUGCCAGACCCGAACGCCCCAAAAGCCGUGGUGGCAGGACGAGUGGGAGAUUUCACGCGAGACGCUCAAGCUGGAGAGGCGACUGGGACAGGGACAGUUCGGGGAGGUCUGGAUGGGUCUGUACAACAACAGCCGGCGAGUGGCCAUCAAGAGUCUGAAACAGGGGACCAUGUCCAUCAGCGCCUUCCUGACCGAGGCCAACAUGAUGAAAAACCUGCAGCACCUGCGGCUCGUCCGGCUCUUCGCCGUGGUCACGCAGGAACCCAUCUUCAUCGUCACCGAAUACAUGGAAAACGGCAGCCUGGUGGAUUUUCUGAAGACCGCAGAGGGAGCGAGUCUGCAGAUAAACACCCUGAUUGAUAUGGCCUCACAGGUGGCUGAUGGGAUGGCCUACAUCGAGAUGAAGAACUACAUCCACAGAGACCUGAGAGCUGCCAACAUACUGGUGUCUGACGAGCUCAUCUGCAAGAUCGCAGACUUCGGCCUGGCACGGCUCAUCGAGAACAACGAAUACACAGCCAGAGAGGGUGCGAAGUUUCCCAUCAAAUGGACGGCUCCAGAAGCCAUCAACUAUGGCACCUUCUCUAUCAAAUCAGAUGUCUGGUCUUUCGGUGUCCUGCUCACCGAAAUCGUCACCUAUGGAAGAAUUCCUUAUCCAGGAAUGACCAAUCCCGAGGUGAUCCAGAACCUGGAGAGGGGCUACCGCAUGCCGUGUCCGGACAACUGUCCCGAGGAUCUGUACUCCGUCAUGAACAAGUGCUGGAACGAGGUCCCGGAGAACCGGCCCACAUUCGAGUACCUGCGCAGCAUCCUGGAGGACUUCAACACGGCCACCGAGCGCCAGUACCAGGAGCAGCCCUGCUGAGGAGCUUCCACACCCCCGAGGAACUUUCAGAACUGAAUGAUGCUGAAUGAUUGCUUAAAGCUGCAGACUGAGCUGUGUAUAAAGCGGAGGAGGCUGGACGGCUCACGUCCAGUCUACAGAUGAUGUGAACUGCUGGGGAAACAAAAGAUGUUUUUUAUUGUAAUCAAUUCUUUUACUGUACGUUUAUCUGAGAGGUGGUAUUAUUAGUACUCCAGCUGUUACUCUGAUUGGGUGUUUUUGAUUGUUUCUGUUUUAUUUCUUUUUACUUUUGUAAUAUUUCACAAUAAAAAGCUUAACUUAG